AUGGUUUCUCUUUGGCUUCUCCCCCUUCUAACUCUCCUUCCAUUGAUUCUCAUUCUAAAGGGCAAACAAUGGAAGAGAACCAACCUUCCUCCUGGCCCUCUAAAGCUUCCCAUCAUAGGCAACUUGCACCAACUUAGUGAGCUUCCCCACCGCUCUCUAUGGAAACUCUCUAAGAAAUAUGGUCCAAUCAUGCAUUUGCAAUUUGGGCUCAAGCCUACACUUGUGGUCUCAUCUCCUGAAAUGGCAAGUGAGAUCAUGAAGUCUCAUGAUCUUGAAUGUUGCAGUAGGCCUGAGUUGAUGGGCCCUAAGAGGCUCUCAUACAACUUCAUUGACAUUGCUUUGGCACCUUACAAUGAUUACUGGAGGGAGAUGAGGAAGGUCUGUGUUCUAGAGCUCUUUAGUUUGAAGAGGGUGCAAUCUUUUCGCCCAAUUAGAGAAGAGAGAGUUGCUUCAAUGAUUAGCUCAAUUUUGAAAUCUUCUUCAUCAUCAACUCCUAUUAAUCUAAGUGAGAUAUUCUUAAACAUCACUGAUGAUAUAACUUGUAGGGUUGCUUUUGGUAAGAAUUACAAGGGGAGAGAAUUUGAUAAUGGGCGGUUUGGAAAAGCAAUGCAGGAAGCCACCGUCGUGUUAGGUAGCUUCUCCGGCGCCGAUUUUUUCCCUUAUGUGGGGUGGAUCAUGGACAAAUUCACUGGCCUCCAUGGAAGGCGUGAGAAUUGCUUCCAUGAAUUUGAUCAUUUCUACCAAAGCGUGAUUGAUGAACACCUCAACAAUGAGAGAGAUGAAUCAGAGCAGGAGGACAUCACUGAUGUUUUGCUCAACAUAGGAAGAGAUCAUAAAGGUGCAGGUUCUCUCACUCAUAAUCAUAUCAAAGCAAUCCUCAUGAAUAUAUUUUUAGGUGGAGUAGACAGUGGUGCUAUUGUAAUGGAGUGGGCAAUGGCAGAGCUUGUUAAGAACCCAAAAGUGAUGAAGAAAGUACAAGAUGAGAUUAGGAGCAUUGUUGGAAAGAAAGGAAAGGUGGAUGAAGCAGAUAUAGAUCAGCUAAAAUUCCUUAAAAUGGUGAUAAAGGAGACUUUAAGAUUGCAUCCUUCACUUCCUCUAUUGCUCCCACGAGAAGUCAUAAGCCAUUUUACCAUUAAUGGAUAUGAUAUUUACCCCAAAACAAGGGUCCUAGUGAAUGCAUGGGCAAUAGGGAGAGAUCCAAAACAUUGGAAGAACCCAGAAGAGUUCAUACCAGAGAGGUUCAUGGAUAGCGUAAUUGAUUAUAAGGGAACACAUUUUGAGUUAUUGCCUUUUGGAUCAGGUCGAAGAGGUUGUCCUGGGAUCAACAUGGGUAUUUCAGUGAUUGAGCUAACACUUGCAAAUCUUCUGCAUGCCUUUGAUUGGGGCCUUCCUGAUGGGAUCAAGAAGGAAGAUAUAAAUAUGGAUGAGCAAUCAGGUCUUGCUGUUAGGAAGAAAGCUCCUGUAUACCUUGUACCUAUUAAUUAUUUGAUUGACCCUUGA